AUGUUUGACUUUUAUAAAGAAUAUGAGUUUACGAAUUCCAAAGAAUCAGAUGACAAAGACGAUAAGAAUGAUUAUAUUGAAACGCUUCAGGCAAUUAUCACUGAAUUAUUCAAUAGAUUCAAUUCGAAUGCACCAGUCAAUGAAUUUCUUCCAGUUUUAUUGGAUUUAAAAGAAUUUUUCAAAGAAAACCAAUCAAAUGACAUGAGGAUAAUCAUUGCCGAAGCCAAAUUAUUUCAAUUUUUAGAAGAAUGUUAUAUUAAGUAUGGACAACAAGGAAAUGAAGCUAAAGAACUUAUACUACGAACAAUAGUAACUGCCACAGCCAAUCUUUACGAGGAUUUAGACUUUUUCAAAAAUUCCAAAUUUUUCACCAUUACAAAAAACGAUUUAUUCAUUCCACAAUUUACACAUCUUAUAAUAAAUGCCUACUCAAACAUAAUUUCAAGCCAAGAUUUCUGCUCAAAUAAAUUUUUUGCUCUUAUUCACUCUUUAAAGUUGACAAUUCCCGAUUUAACAUCGCAAAAUCUUCAAAACAUAUUAGUUAUAAAAAGUAUUAUACAACUUUGCAUCUCUUUAUCAUCACAUGUUCGAAUAUUACAAGAAUGUACUGAAAUUGUCAGUGCAAUGGAGGUUAUUUUAAACAAUAACUUCCCAGAACAGAUAAUCACAAACUGUCUUUACGUUAUUUCCUCGAUUUUAAGAGAUUCUGCAAGUUUUUGCGAUAAUUUUGCAUCAAAUAAUGAAAAAAUCGAAUUUUUCAUUAGUUUACUACAUAAUGAUAAUAAUCAGAUCGUAAAUUACGCAUUAUUGAUUAUAAAAUACAUUUGUAUUUCAGAUCAAUGCAAAUUUGAUUUUCAUCUCGAUCAAUUUUCGUUUUUAUUGACGAAUGAUGAUCAUAAUGUUCAGAGAGACUUAUCUUUAUGUAUAGGAGCAGUUCUGAUCAACAGUAGAUUGAUUUUCAUGAAAGAUCAAGAUAUUUCAAAUUUAUUUGCAGAAGUUUUUAAUUUUCUCCAAGAAUGCAACUAUAUAUGCAAAGUACAGAUCAUGAAAUCAAUCAGAUACCUUCUAGACAACGGAACAAAUGCUCAAAUUUUGCAAUGGAUGAAUUCAGGAUUGCAACAGUUCCUUCCAUUGUUUAUUGAACUUGACCAUGAUAAUGAAUCCCUUGUAUUUCUUCAAAUCAUGAUUAAAAUCCUUCAGACAGUUGAAAAUUUAGAAUUAGAACAAUCAUUAGAAUUUUUACGUUAUCUUGAAGAAAUAGAAUUACCAGAGAAGCUAGAUGAACUGAUGGAAUCAAGUAACAACGCUGUUCUCACUAAAACUGAAAUAGUUUUGGGACAAAUUCAUAAUAUCGAAAUGAGACAAGAAGCUGCUGAAAAGGGAUUAGCUCUUUAG